AUGCCGGAAGUGCUAAUUCUGUGUUCUCCAAAAGUCAUUGAGGGCUCAACCUCAGGAUUAGCGACAAUGGAAAAGAUUGCCAUUCCAGUAGACGUCUCAGUCAGUCCUCCACUUCCCAUAAUCACACAACAUAUAGAACUUGAAGCCGCUGCUGAAACGGAGAAAUCCCCGCCUACUCAGCGUGUUUCUGAUCCUCUUCAGUGCGACUCUCUAAUUGUUGAUGCUGAUAAUCACUCGCCGACGACUGAUGUUAGCAGUGAUGGUGCAUAUUCAUCACCUGAGGUAGAAAUCCGGCGUGAAUGGUCCAGCCUUCCAUGCCAUCAGACCUCGUAA